ACUCGCUCAUGAGACAACCAUUCGUUUGGAGUCGUGUGUCUGACUGAACUCUGUGCAUCGGGUUGUUCGGGUUUGGUGUUAUUGAGAGCAACGUCAGCGAUGAGGCACUGGGGGAAGGAGGGAAGGAGUGAGUAAGCCAAGUUAUUCACCCUGGUGUUUUAACAAAUCAAGCUGUUGUGCGGAUACUCCGUGUUUCCGAGAAAACAUCCCGAACCGAGUUCCCCCAUUCACCUCUGAGACGAAUCCUCUCCAGUAUUACGAGGCUACCAGCGUUAUUUCAACAGAAGCAGACCCUGGGGAAGAGUUGCUCAUUAUCAGAUACAGGGGAUGCUGAGCAGUUACACUCGCAUGCAGUGGACAGAAAAUUGCGGUUUGGAAUGAUAUGGAGGAUUUCAGAACAUAAUAUUUUUAUGAGAAAUGCUACAGGAAAAGGCCUUAACUGUGGCGGAUGAAGGCAUGACCGUGGCCCAGUCCGGUGGGCAUCCUGAGCUUGCCAGUGAUUCCUCGCAUCUGGGCCUGCCUAGAGCUCCCAUCAUUCCCCAUAACACUGAGCCUGACCAGAACAUUGAAAACAUCAAAGUGGUUCUUCAUGACAGGGAACUAUGGAAGAAGUUCCACGAGGCCGGAACCGAGAUGAUCAUCACCAAAGCAGGCAGACGGAUGUUCCCCAGCUACAAAGUUAAAGUCACAGGGAUGAAUCCCAAGACCAAAUACAUCCUUUUAACUGACAUUGUCCCAGCUGAUGACCAUCGGUACAAGUUCUGUGACAACAAGUGGAUGGUGGCAGGAAAAGCAGAGCCUGCCAUGCCUGGAAGACUCUAUGUUCACCCAGACUCUCCCGCAACAGGGGCCCACUGGAUGAGACAGCUGGUCUCAUUUCAAAAGCUGAAGCUCACUAACAACCACCUUGAUCCUUUUGGGCAUAUCAUCUUAAACUCAAUGCACAAAUACCAGCCCAGGUUACACAUAGUGAAAGCUGAUGAAAACAAUGCCUUUGGCUCUAAGAACACAGCCUACUGCACUCAUGUCUUCCAUGAGACAGCUUUCAUCUCUGUUACAUCCUAUCAGAACCAUAAGAUCACCCAGUUAAAAAUUGAGAACAAUCCUUUUGCCAAAGGUUUCCGUGGCAGCGAUGAGGGUGAUUUGCGUGUGUCCAGACUUCAAGGGAAAGAUUACCCUAUGAUUUCUAAGAACAUGGUUCGACAGCGGCUUAUCUCAUCACACGGCCAUCUGUCCGGAAAACUGGGCACAGGUGUGCUGAGUAGCCACCCACAGGUGGUUUCUCACUACCCAUAUGACAGUGGUGUCCCCCUGCCAGACUCUGAUUCCCAGGAAGCUCUUUCCAAUUCAUUACAUUCUAGUAGAGAAUCCAGCCUCAUUUACCACUGUUUCAAGCACAGAGAUAACACAAGACACUUGGAGCUAGGAUGUAAACGUCCCUAUUUGGACACAACAGCCUCUGCAGUUCCAGAGGAGCAUUAUUUCCGCUCUCCUCCAUCCUACGAGCCACCCCUUCUGUCCCAUCCAUACUGCAGUGAGGCUUUGGGUUCUAGAGAGACAUGCAUGUAUGGAGGAAUGGAGGGAGAGGCAGGGGGCACAGUGGGUACAGAUGACCUACCAGCCCCCUCACUGAACUGCAAUAUGUGGGCAUCAGUGCAACCAUACCCACGCUAUGGCAUGCAGACUAUGGAGGCAACACCGUACCAACCCUUCACAGCCCACUUGAAUAGCACAGCCACUGCUGCCUCUGUGGUUCCUCACAACUCUCCGUCCAUGCAGCGUUCACAUCCGGCACAUCCUGACCUAGUCACUUUCACCCCACAGCGGGCACUGCCACCCACAUCAUCAUCAUCCUCCCCCUCCGGCCCCACCUCCCGUGAUAGAGCUGUACAUUUCUCCCCGUUUCAUAGGAAACCUGGGUCACCAUUGUGUUCACAAAGGGACUUCAUAGCCUAUACAACCAAUAGCCCUACUUCAACACGAGAACCAACCUAUCAGUACCAAAUGGGCCUGAGCUGUGUUGGGCCUCAUUGGACUAACAGCUAAGGAGUAACCCACAUCAUCAUUUAACCCACAGCCUACUACAAUGAUAAUCCUCUCCCUUUCUAAACAACAACUGAAUGAGAUUAUUUUCCAUGCAGACAUGAUGAUACAUUGUAAAACAAAAGCCAUAAAUCUAUUUAGCCUUGUAGUAUAGGACGGCCACAAUGUGUGGCACUGUGUAUUUAUUUGAAUUUGAGAUAGUUGCAGUUGAAUGUGCAGGCAAUGAGGUUAAGCACAAACAGAUCACCUAAUGACCUAUGUUGACAUUAAGAUACAUGAAACUUUUCAGUGCCAGCUUUAUGUAUUAAGCACAUAAUGUGUGUGUGCCAGUUGAAAUUAUGCUAAUCAUGGGACAUUAAGGCCAUGUCUACACUAACUUGUUCAAUUUUGAAAAUGCAUAGAUUUUACUAUGUUUACACCUCUCAUCCACACUAUAGGAUGGCAUUUUCCUCCACUGAAAAAUUGAGACUUUCAAAAAUGCUCUCCUCAACCACAUGCUGUACUUAAAAACAAUGACAUUAGACAACUGAAAACAGAUUAGUGUGGAUGUGCCCUUAGUGUAUUGGAUACAUAAUUGAAAAAAUCAUGUCAGUGUCAGAUUAUAGUGGGAAGUUUAGUUUUUAGUUAACCUUAACAACCUUACCGAGGCUUCCUUCUACCUCCUGACAUGUUAAGAGUGUGUAAAACCUGUGCCAAGCCAAAAGAUUGGUUGGAGGAGUUAUUUUGCAGGGUGUUCACAGAAUCCAUACUAUUUCCUAUUAGAGAAAGGUAUUUUCCAUUUUAAGUAUUGCUAAUGUAAUGAAUAUAUCUUUGCAAUCACAUCUCUGAAGCGAUUAUGUAUUAAAAUAUCUGACCCUCUGCCAAAUAAUAAUAAAAAAUAAAUAUGCACAUAUGAAAACUAAAGCACUUUUUUAAUCCCUCUGGAUAAGAGUAUUUAAAUGCAGAUGUAUGAUUGAACAAUUUAUGAAACAAAUUGAAGCAAAAAAAGUGAGUUAAUUUGUAUAAAGAUGUGCAGGUUUCUAGGAGCAAAAGGUAAAACAUAGUGCCUUAUUAGACAUAUUUAUUACUUUUGAUCAAAAUAAAAAGGACAUAAAAUGUUGAUUCCUCUGAAUACGUCCCAGGGUAUUGAUUCUGAAGUAGAACUGGACUGCUGAUAUGGAAACAACCACAUCUAAGUGGAGGGAAGAGAAUGAGAAAAUCAGAGAUUCUGGCUCUUUGAAAUGCUCCAGAAACAUUUUAAUUUACACAAGUAAAACAUAGUACAAGAAAGUAUCCUGCAAAGUACCAAUAGAGUCAUAGGACACAUGCGCAUAAAGUAAAUAUCCAUUGCAUUAUACAUAACUUAAAUGUCAUGCAGUUGUUUUUGAGCUAGUUGAAGUACAGGAAGUGUCAUGUGGUACUUUAAUAUGCUUUUAAAACUGAAACGCUCUCCCUUACUAAAUCCCAUCUGAUAAAUCGAGGAUCACUUAAAAAAAACCCUC